ACAUUGUUCUAGAUAAAUAGAGAACCAACUUUCAUUUCAGAUCAGAAGCUGCGUGAGACUGCACUCAUUUUUGUGAUACUGAUAAGUGUUUUAUUACAGUCAUGAAAAUACUUGUAGCUGUUGCAGUGGUCCUCCUGAUUCAUGGCAGUUAUGCCACUUUGCUCAUUAAAGGGCCGACUGAGCCCGUCCUGGAGGGGGAUCCAGUCGUACUGGAGUGUCUGAUUUCAGACUCUGACCUCAACAUCAGCCAGGUCCAUUUUGAGUUCUACUCUAAGUACAUGCGUCGCUGGUACAAGGCUUAUGAAGAACCUUGGGAGCGCUCUUGGUGCUACUACAGGAUGCGAAUCCUGCGCACAGCUGACAGUCUACUCCUGUCCAUCCGCAGUGCCGGGAGAUACUUCGAGGGGCCCUACCGCUGUGUGUCGGAUGCUGAUAAUGUGACUUCACCAGACAACUCAUCUGAGACGCUGCGCUUCAAAGUGCAUUAUAUGGGAGAGCUGUCACUGUCCAGGGAAGGCUACACCAGCUACCUGAGUGUCCCAGAGGAGCUGAGGGUGCGAGCUGGAGAUGACGUGGUGGUGAAUUGCUCUGCCAGCUCAUCAGAGGAGCCCAGCUACUAUUGGCAAAAAGAGGGUGACGACUGGAUCCUGCCUUCCUCUCAGCUGACUCUGAGGAAGGUGAGUGCGAUGAAUGAAGGACAGUACACUUGCAUGGCCCAGCAUCCCUCCGUGGCCUCACUCAGCAAGAAACGGACCAUCAGCAUUACUGUCUUACCAAAGGAUGCCCCGUGGUAUAAGACUAGUAAUGGCCGUCUCGUCUUGAUGACCUCGGGAGCAGCUGCUGCAGCGUUGUUGGUGUUCAUCCUCUUUGUGAGCAUUUUACAACACCGCAGGGCCAAGCAGACCAAGACCAGCAAGGGACCCAUUGAUGAUCGGUCUCAGAAAAAGCCCAUCUACAAAGCCAGUGUGGAGUCCCUACCCUCCACCACUGGAGAUGAACAACCUCUUGUGUGACUACCCAGGCAGAUGGAGGGAUGAAGAUGGGGGUGAGGAAGAUGGAAGGAGAGAUGAGGAAGAUGGAGUGGGUGGCCAGAAAAUGAAGGAUGGCAUGGAGGGGAUACUUAAAGAAGGGGGACAGAUUGGAUAAGGUUAUGGAUGGUUGCACUGGGGGGAGGAAAAAGGGAGGAAAAGACGGAUAAGGAAAGACUGUAGGUGAGAGCAAAAUGGAAAUCAGUAACACGCUGGUAUUUUUUUAAAGAAAAAACUGAAGGGCAAAUGAUUGCUUUAGACGCGGAAGCUGCUUUGUGAGUGGGUGUAGGCUGCAGUUACACAUUGUCAACAAAAAGGUGGGCAAUUUUCUCUUCAUUUAUUGUGCAGCAUGGUAAAUGGUGAGCUACAUUCUUAGCAAAAUGAUGGGUUGAUGAGUGUUGUGUACUGUAAGAGGUAAAGACUCCACUAGCAAUUCUCGCCUUUCUCUUGCAAAGAUAAUUGCUUGACUGUGUAUUAUGAAUGAGCCAUUUGGGUGAUAGUACAAGGGUUUUAGUUUGUUGAUUUUCUUCCCUUUCAACACUUUCUGAAGCAGAACCUGCUCAAAGCAUCUGCGAGAACGUUAUUAUAAUCUAUUCACUCUGACAGCACUUUGCACUCUACUAUUUAAUGUACCGUAUUUUGGAUUUUACUGAUAUUAAAUGGCAUUGAGAAGACA